AUGAACAUCAACAAGGACCUCUUCAAGGCUCUGGUGGGCGGUCACAGCCAGUCAAACCCCAGUGUCAACCAGCGCGUCAUUGAGGUGAAGCAGAUCAUCGUUCACCCCACCUGGGAUUCGGCCUCCAUUUCCGGCGACUUUGCUCUGGUGGAGCUCCAGGAGCCGGUGGACAUCGAGAACGGCCCGCUGAACGCCAUCUGCAUUGGCGAUUUUGCGGACAACCUGGAGGGCCAGAACGUGGAGAUCAGCGGCUGGGGACUGAACAAGACCGGUGCCACCGCCAUUCCCGACAUUCUCCAGUGGGCCAUCGUGCCGGUGGUGAAGCAGAGCACCUGCAAGACCCUCUACUCUUUCAUUACUAAAAUUACCGAGGCUCAAGUCUGUGCUGGAUACGAUCCUGGC